AUGGCCGACGAUUUAGCAAAGAAGCUAGAUGCUGCGAAGCUGAGCGACGAUGCUUCAGCUUCAGAUGAUUGGAAGAAGGGGCUUAAUGUUCCCACGAAAGACACCAGGGAACAGACUGAGGAUGUCACUGCUACGAAAGGCCUCGACUUUGAGGACUUCAAUCUAAAUCGACCGCUGCUGAUGGGAAUCUUCGAAGCUGGAUUCGAGAAGCCGUCACCGAUCCAGGAAGAAGCUAUCCCCGUCGCACUCACUGGUAGAGAUAUACUUGCCCGAGCAAAGAAUGGUACCGGGAAGACUGCAGCCUUCGUGAUUCCUGCCCUACAAAAAGUCAACCCGAAGAACAAUAAAGUCCAAGCCCUUAUUCUCGUCCCUACUCGAGAAUUGGCUAUGCAGACAUCGCAAGUUUGUAAGACUCUCGGCAAGCACCUGGGUAUCAACGUAAUGGUCACGACUGGUGGUACACUCCUACGGGAUGAUAUUGUGCGUUUGCAAGACCCAGUCCACGUCAUUGUUGGUACUCCAGGACGAAUACUUGAUCUUGCUGGAAAGGGUGUUGCCGACCUUAGUGAAUGCCCUACAUUUAUCAUGGACGAAGCUGACAAGCUUCUCUCUCCUGAAUUUACACCUGUCAUCGAACAACUCCUCCAAUUUCACCCUAAGGACCGCCAAGUCAUGCUUUUUAGUGCCACGUUCCCAAUCACCGUCAAGGCGUUCUCCGAUAAGAACAUGGAUACACCUUUCGAAAUCAACCUCAUGGACGAACUUACACUUCGUGGUAUCACCCAGUACUACGCGUUCGUUGAAGAGAGCCAGAAGGUUCACUGCCUGAACACACUGUUCUCAAAACUCCAAAUCAACCAAUCGAUCAUAUUCUGUAACUCAACCAACCGUGUCGAGCUUCUCGCCAAAAAGAUCACCGAGCUUGGCUACUCUUGCUUCUACAGUCAUGCUCGUAUGCUCCAAACCAAUCGCAAUCGUGUUUUUCACGACUUCCGCAACGGUGUCUGCCGCAACCUUGUCUGUUCAGAUCUCUUGACCCGCGGUAUUGACAUCCAGGCUGUCAACGUCGUCAUCAACUUCGACUUCCCCAAGAACGCAGAGACUUAUCUUCAUCGCAUCGGUCGAUCAGGUCGAUUUGGGCAUCUCGGUCUCGCCAUUAACCUCAUCAACUGGGAUGACCGUUUCAAUCUAUACAACAUUGAGCGCGACUUGGGUACUGAAAUCAUGCCAAUUCCGGCAAAUAUCGACAAGAAUCUCUAUGUUUACGACACCCCAGAAAAUAUUCCUCGACCAGUUUCCAACUUUCAGACUACUCAAAGCACCCGCCAACCGUCAGCUCGUGACUCGAACCGUGACCAAUCUCAGCAACAACCAGGUGGCCAACGAACCGGGGGCUCUAGUAACUACAAUGGCGGGCGCCAAGGUAACAGAGCAAACCCCAACCAGGAGCAGAGACAGCCACAAAACCAACGUCAGGGUCAAGGUCAAGGUUUCUCGCGAGGCGGUGGGCGAUUUGAUCAGGGCACUAGACGAGGCGGCGGCAAUCAGGGCCAGCGACAGAACGGUUACGAGGGACAACGAGGCGGCCGUGGUCAAGCCACCCUAGAUCAAUAG